AUGGAGGAAGCAGAAGGACAAGUAAUGGAAAAAGCACAGGCACAGGUAAAGGUGCACAGAAUUUCAAGUGUGGCACCGGCCAUCCCAACAGAGAGGCACCCAAUGUUUCUCUCAAACCUUGAUCUGCUCUGGUUGCCAAUCAAUAAUGUUCAGAGGAUUCUCUUCUAUACAAUCUCGCCUAAAAACCAAUACCCUUCAAUACUGGAGAGCUUAAAGAAAAGCCUCUCCUCAUUCCUGGUGUAUUUCUAUCCAUUGGCUGGUCGCUUAGACAAGGGACAAUCAGGCAGAUUAGAGGUUACAUCUUUUGAGGAAGGGGGAAUAUGUAUAGGAACCACUCUUCAUCAUGUUAUAGCAGAUGGAAACUCGUUUUGGAAUUUCAUGAAAUCAUGGGCAGAGUGUAGCAGAGGCCUCCCGGUUUCGAAUCCUCCCCUGCACAGUAGAACAGUAUUCAAACUAGAAAACAAGAAGCCCAUUCCCAUUUCAUACAAACCCCAUGAAGUAGUAAUCAAUGGGAUUCCACGGGCUCAGAUUUACAAGUUCUUACCAGAUGACCUACAGCAAAACUCAGAAAAUUCUAGUAGUGAACAAGCAUUGGAACGUGAAGUGGGUAUUCAAAAAUGGCUGGGGAACAAUACAGAACCCAGAUACUCAACCUUCUGCUUUACAGAAAUAAUGAUCAGAGACCUGAAACAGCAGAGCGGGGCUUCGAGCUCCUUCAUUGCAGUAACUGCACAGUUUUGGAGAUGCCUAACCAGGGCCCGCGAAGUGGCAGAUGAUGAACCAAUUGUAUUCUCACUUCUGGCUGAUUGCAGAGGCCGUGUAAAGCCCCCAUUGCCUAAGGCUUAUUUUGGCAACUGCUUGUCUCUGGGUAUUGUGCGUACAACAGAAAAAAUUUUGCUUGCAAACAAACUCUGCUUUGCUGCGGGGCUUAUACAGGAGCUCGUCAAUUCCUGUACAUCAGAAACUCAGAUUAAUAAUAUGGUAGAUUGGCUGGAAUCUCCUGAUAGCGGUUUUGUGCCUCUGUUUCAUGAAUUUGGAGGGCUUUGUACUUCCAAUGUGGUGAGUUCUCACAGGUUUCCAGUUUAUGAGAUUGACUUUGGGUGGGGAAGGCCAUUGAAUGUGCAGGCUGCAGCCAUGAAUGAAAAUGGGGUUAUGGUUUUCUUUGCUCCAAAAGAUGGAGGAGGAAGCAUAGUUGUGUCCACUCGCCUUCCUCAACAUCAAAUAGAAACCUUAACUCAUCUCCUCUCUGCUCCCCACUGA